UGGGCUGGGUGUUGGAUUUUGUGCUGAAGCUGACGGAAUGGUUUGUUUCAUGGCCGUAAUUUGUCUUUGUUUUCCUAGUUCGUGAUUUUAGAGAUUAAAGUUUGUGCUGUGCCCUAUUUGUUGUGGAUAUAAACUGUUUUUGUUUGUUUUAUAGACUGGACAUCAGGAUACACUUACAAAGUGAACAGUGAUUGAAAUGCGAUAACAGAUGGAUAGGCAGUGUUUCCCUGACCAAUACAAUAAGUCAGCGAAAGUUAAAAAGUUCUAAAGUUGUCCAAGAAGUUUUUUCCGUGGUUAAUGUUUAACUUAGUCUAUGGUUGUUAACAAUCUGCAUUGUUAUAUUGGGUACAAUGGGGAAUUGCUUCAGUCGUCAGCGAUCUACAUCUAAGAAAGAUGGGGCAGGGCUGUCAGUGCCUACAACGAGCAAAGAGCCAGCUGCACCUAAUAUACAAAAUCUAAACAUUCAGUUGGGAGGCCCAACUCUAGAAAAUACUACUAGAGAAACAAGAAAUGGCCCUAUUCCACCCAUUCCUGAACCAGAAAACACAAGCAAUGCGACAAAUGCAUCUGCAAAAAUAUUUGUUGCUCUAUAUGACUACGAUGCUAGAACAGAUGAGGACCUUAGUUUUAGGAAAGGUGAACAUUUAGAGAUAUUAAAUGACACUCAAGGUGAUUGGUGGCUCGCAAGAAGCAAAGCUACAAAGCAGGAGGGCUACAUCCCUUCAAACUAUGUUGCUAAGCUGAAAUCCAUCGAAGCUGAGCCUUGGUAUUUCGGGAAGAUAAAGCGGAUAGAAGCGGAGAAGAAGCUUCUGUUGCCUGAAAACGACCACGGAGCCUUCUUGAUACGAGACUCUGAGAGCAGACGCAACGAUUACUCCUUAUCAGUGAGGGAUGGAGACACAGUUAAGCACUACAGGAUCCGUCAGCUGGAUGAAGGAGGUUUCUUCAUCGCUCGGCGGACGACAUUCCGUACGCUACAAGAGCUUGUGGAGCAUUACAGCAAAGACGCAGACGGACUGUGUGUCAACCUGCGCAAGCCUUGCGUCCAGAUAGAGAAGCCGGUCACCGGAGGUCUGUCUCACAGUACCAGGGACCAAUGGGAGAUCGACCGAUCGUCGCUCAAGUUUGUCCGUAAGCUGGGCCACGGACAAUUCGGAGAGGUGUGGGAAGGUCUGUGGAACAACACGACCCCUGUCGCCAUCAAGACCCUCAAACCCGGUACGAUGGAUCCAAAAGACUUCCUUACAGAGGCACAAAUAAUGAAAAAACUUAGACACAACAAGUUAAUUCAGCUCUACGCUGUGUGUACUGUCGAAGAACCUAUAUACAUCAUCACGGAACUGAUGAAGAACGGAAGCCUUCUAGACUACCUCCAAGGUAAGGGCAGAGGUCUGAAGCUGACCCAGCUCAUAGACAUGUCAGCUCAGAUAGCUGCAGGAAUGGCCUACUUGGAGUCCCAGAAUUACAUUCACAGAGAUUUGGCCGCUAGGAAUGUUCUUGUUGGAGACGGCAACAUCGUCAAGAUAGCCGACUUUGGUCUGGCCAGGCUUAUUAAGGAGGAUGAGUAUGAGGCGAGAGUGGGAGCCAGGUUCCCCAUCAAGUGGACGGCUCCAGAAGCAGCCAACUACAGCCGCUUCUCUAUCAAGUCCGACGUCUGGUCCUUCGGCAUCCUGCUCACAGAACUGGUCACCUAUGGCCGCAUACCUUACCCUGGUAUGACCAAUGCUGAAGUGUUGCAUCAAGUAGAGCAUGGCUACCGUAUGCCCAGUCCUCCUGGGUGCCCAGGAACUUUGUAUGACAUCAUGCUGGAAUGCUGGCACAAGGACCCAAUGAAGCGGCCUACCUUCGAAACACUACAGUGGAAGCUGGAAGACUUCUUUACCAUGGAGGGGUCCGAGUAUAAAGAGGCGUCCGCCUACUGAGAACACGCCCCCCACCCAAACUGGCCGCGCGCUCGUCUGCCGCACCCCCCUCCACACUAGUCUGCAUUACUUUCUCCCAGCGUCACGAUUAAAUGGAAGUAUCCAAUAUUGUUUUAGCUUAUACAGCCGAUUAUCUGAAAAUCCGUCACGACCUUGGCUAAAGUGCUGAGAAUGAAUUUUGUAACUAUAUGUUGUACAUUUUGACAAACCUAUUGUUAAUUUUUACAAUUAAUUUUGUUCAUAGCUGUAACUUUUUCACGUUUUUUCGUUUACCAAGUUAGUUUAAAUAAAAUAAUUGUAUUUAUUAUGAAAUAACAAUUUCAAGAAUAAUUCUACUAUUUCUCCAUUUCUUGUUGAAUGUUACCCAUUAUUUUCUGUAUUCAAAAUUUAAAUUUUUUGUUCAAUUAACUUUGAAGCUUUUACAGAACUAGCAUUUCCGAAUGUUGUUUUACCCUUGCUGAAGUAUACUAAUCGUGGUAGCCUUGCAAAAUUACUUGAAUUUCAUUAUUUUUAAGACAGUUACUAAAUUGGGAGAAAGUAAUGUGCUCCAUUUCACGUUUCUCGUCGCUACAACUUUUCCAUUUCUACAGUAUUUCAAUGUAUACUAGACACUAAAUAUCUUGACCUAUGGAUAAAAUAACCAGCUAAAACUUGUGGUAGAAGUCAUAGCUCACAAUAUUUUUUGUCCAGUAUAGCUUGUCUCUCUUCUGCAAACUGUUUCGUAACUUAUCGCAUCCCUCGGACUCAGUUGACUGACCUAUGACCUUGUAUUAUUUGUGUUGUCGUAUAAUUUAUUGUAAUGCAUUUGUCUUAUAGUUUUAACUGAGAUAGUGUUAGUACAUGCUAAUAUACACUUGCUGUAAACAAAUAUAUCCCUUGGUUGCAUUUCUUCAGUCAUUUAUCUGCACCUCCACUAAAAUUAAAAAUGUUUUAGAAGUUAAUUUGCAACAUAGUAUUUUAAUAUCUUCUAUAAUAUUUAAUACAAUAGCGGUUUUCCGUGUAACAUCCCUAUUCUAGCUGUCCUACUUAACAGGUGUUCAUAAUUGAGGUGUCAUUUUAAAUGUUAUGAUCUAGCGCACCUGCGAAUAGUAUAUAAAAACCUUAUUUCCUUUAGGGCUUUGUCCCCUCAUGAUUUAUUUAUUCCUAGAGUCCAUUUUCAAAGAUCCAGUUAUGUUGUCCAACUUUAUUUAUAGCGGUUUAAAUGUGAAUUUUAAUUUAACAACUGUUCCCAACAGUUUUAAUUAUUUUUGGCCGAGUACCAAUCAACGUCAUAAACAUUUUCAACUCGAACAUGUUGAAUGUGGUGUUGAGGUAACAUUUGACCCAAAGGAAUGCAAACAAAGUGGAUAUAUUUCUCACUAACUGCUUGAAUUUUUUACAUUUAUACUAUUCUUUUCUAUAAGUGUUCAUGUCAACAUAAUAUCAUUGUGAUAAUGCUUGUUUAGAGCUUUUGUGAUUUAUAUUUGUCAUAGUUUUAUACAAUACUGUUUGUAAGUUAAAAACCUUUGCUUUCUUAUAUCGAUACAUUUAUACAUUAUUUAGUGAUAGCCAUAAAAUGGAUUUGUUUUAUACAUUGUAUAGACAAUUUAGUUGAAACCUCUGUACUGUAGGACUAAAGUAUUUUUAAAGUGGAACCAAGAAAUAUUUUUCUCACAGAGCACAAACCGUAGUUAUAGAAUUUAUAUAUUUCUCAAUGUUAAAAAUGAUUGAACAAAUUGAACAUGCCUUAUGCAGAUUUUACAUUUACAUAACAUUGUUUGCUUUCGUAUCAGUUAUGAUCUUGUGUGUGAUUAAGGCUGGGAACUGAAAGUGUAUGAGUAAUGGCAUGUGUUUUAAGGACGGGCUUGUUUAAUGUUUGGGUCGGGUGGUUUGAGAAGAAAAGUGUAAAUAAGAAGAUUGUAUUAUUGUGUAAAUGAUUGUAAAAAUCUCUGUCUAGAUUAGAUUAAAUUUUCUUACUUUCAAUUUUAAUCCCACUGCUCAAAACCCUUGCUGGAUGCUUCCUGGUUCAGUAGAAUUUGCUCACUGAAUGCUUUAACCAAUACGAGUAAUAUAAAAUGUAGACAUUAAAAUCACAACUUCAAUUUUGUACUAGCUCAUUUUUAUUAUUACAAGUAUAUGUGUGUGUACACAGUGUAAAAUUGUUUGUGGUUUAUUCUUGUGAGGCGUAUCAAUGUUGCGAUUCAAUCAAAAAUAUCGUGACACAACUUUUAAUGUAAAUAAUUUAUCUAUUUUGUGUUUCAUGCUUUCUUCUGUUUCAAAAAUUUACGGUAAGGUUGCCAAUGCCAUAUGGAGUGUUCUAUUUGAAUGAGUAUACUACCUUUUAUUCUUAUUAACUAAGGUAAGACCUCUGAAAGAACAGUAUUUAGCAAACAGAAGUAUGAAACACUUAUUGGAAUUGUAUUAAAGAUUUUAAGACUUUACUAAACCAUUUCUUUAUAAGCAUGAAUGUACUGGUAUGAAAAUGUACAUUUGAAUCUAUAAUCUUAAAUAUUAUAUUUGUUCAAUAAAGACAUCAUUAUAAAUAUCA